AUGUCGUGCUACAUGUCAGUCUUUGACGAGGUCCCUAAGCUUGCACUCGUUCUGCUCCUCAUCCUGUGGUUCCUCAUCGUGCGAUAUCAUCGCUCUGACCAGAAAAUGCAGACACAAAUCCAGUCAAUUUGGUCGUACAUUCUCGGCUGGUACGAGGAAAUCGCUGACAGCGACAUUGCAGAGCAAGGAAAUCCAUCGACUGAGCAGAACGGCAUGGGGACGGCUACCACACACAGCUACGAAUUAUUCUACACCGACCGCAGUCUCUGGACCCGACUCCUGUGCCGGACUCUACUCGAGGACGAACGUCAACGGCUUGAAACAGGUAGGCUGCCAGACUUCGAGCAUCUAAUUCGCAGUCUUUUCUGGCAGACCCUGUUCGCAGUGGGCUAUUCAAGCUCCAACAAACCACGCUUCAACGAUUUGUAUGCAGACUGGAUAUGGCACAUGGUAGCUACCGAGGAACAAUUGUUGCGAAGACGCAAGCGAAUACUGUUCCUGGCGCCAAAGGCUCCUCGACAGAGCUAUUGCGUAUCGAUAUUCUACACGAACAACACAGUACGUCGGACUCUGCCAAGGCGAGCUGAAGAAUUCGAACACGCAGCAGUAGCAGAUGACGACGGGGCAAGCCAAUCCAGCGGUUCGAUCCUUGACGACGGCACGGACGCAUCCUCAUGCUCAACGGCAAUGACCGAGCUCACUAUUACGGUUACUGACAGAUCUUGCGCAGAGGGUGCCACAUCUACACUACAAGACACAGAAGAGGAAAAUCGGUCAAAAGACCACCAAAUCGGUCGCUCCGAUGGGGACUAUUUCGACAUCUUGUGCCACGACAUCGGGCUUGCUCUUGACCGUAUGGUGCCUCCCGUCACGGAUGCGGAUCUCGAUUGUAGUCCAGCUACAGCAAUGCCUCGAGAGCUCUUCCCAAUCAUCGACGAUGCUCUUGUCGAUAGCAUUCAGGCACGACAACAGAGCUGUGUCUCGCCCGAAACCUCGCCGGCCAAAAGCGUAGCUCGGACGGUUCGUGCUUGCGAAUGCAUACAGUGCUCACUCACAAAAUCAGGUGUCUACAUGCUCGAUAACGAGACCUCGAUAGAUGACAUGCUGUUUGACAUGGAGCCCCAGACGCCUCUGCAUCCGAUGACCGCGCCCUGA